CAAAAUUCCUUUCCAUUCAUAUUUCAGGCACUUACUUACUGUGAUUUAAAAUGUAUACACAUGGGAGGAUUGGUGGAAGUCUUGCGAUUGUAUCCAGAGUAUCAGCAACAGUUUGCCAACGACAUUCAACAUGACUUGACUUUCAAUCUGCGUGAAGGGUAUGAGUGUCAGGACGCAGAUAUUGGACCGUCAUUUCCAUUGCCCAGCAUUAGCGAAGAUGAUGAAAAUAUACAUGAAGUAGACGGCAAUGAAGAUGAAGCUGACAUAGGAGUUUCUACUGGCACCACCGUUUCACCCCACCACAGUGUUGCUACUCCAUCACCUUUACAUAUACGUUCUCCGUUGCUUGCAGUUAAUAGUCCACGUUUAAUAAAGAGCCACAAAAAGGGACGCUGCUUCAUAACACUUCGAGAACGCGUGGAACGGCAACGUUCUGUUAAUGUGACAUCAAGCGUCGACACUACCUCUCUGGAAGAAGACUUUCAGGAUAACGAUACCGAUUACAUUGAAUAUGGUAACAAUAAAAAACACUCUUUAGAGCGAUUGGACUCGCAAGUAACGACGCUUCACCAUGAUAUGACACAGUUAAGUUUUGAAGUUAGAAAUGCGCUACAAGCCUUGCAAGAAAUAACUUUUCCUUCCGUGGCAUCAGAAACAAGUUUAAAGUUUCCGCCCGCUCGAUCUAUACCGAAUAUCAGCGCAACUGUCGUCGCUAAUUGUAAAUGUCCAUCUGUAAGCAGUGAAGAAUCAGCACUUCAGCGUAGUUCGUCACACCCACCAGAUAUAUGGGGGCGCGAAAUGCAGGAAAUAUUCCCAGAAUAUAUUGCCAACUCUUCUCACACAUCCAAAUUCACACAACCCCCCGUUGUUUCAUCGAAUAAAACGCAGCAAACUUCUCGUGCAUGUCAAACUGAUUCUGAAAAGUACAUCGACUACAAUACUCUACAAAAUUUGGUGGUUUCUAAUCCUCAGAUGAUACUUGACAUGUUAGGUAUACAACAUAAGAUAAAGACUGACAAUAUUGUAUCUCGUCUGACAGCAAAACCAGCUCUAAAAAAUUUGGACAAUGAGGACACAUAUGAUAACAACGUGCACCCUGAUACCGACAAAAUUACGAACUUUAAUAUAGCUAUGAAUUAUAGUAGCUGUUCGCCUUCCACAGAAGCUCUGCUGAAGACGGAUGAAUCUAUUUUUUCACCAACUAUACAUUUCACAACACAUAAUUCCAAUGAACUCCAAUAUACAACACCAUCUAGCAGUGACAGCAACACAUCUCAGACUUCGUCGCAAUCAAUUGUAUGUGUUGUGCCUCCGAAACCUGAAAUAAGAUUGAGCGGCAAAUAUCAAAUGUUGAAUGAACAUGAAUCUGUUUCAACUAAUAAACAAAAUCAUAAAUCAUUAUGGUGCAUAAACAAUACGCCGGUAAAUCACCACAUUCAAAAUAGUAUUUUAUCUGAUCAUCAAAAUGCAGUCCCUAACCCUAUAAUACACCGCUUUUCAGCUGGUGACGCUGACAAGCUUGAAAAAGGCCAACGCACAAUAGCCUCCUCAAGAUCAUUACGCGAAGUCAUUUCAAAAUAA